AUGUUCUCUGCCUAUACAUAUCUGAUGGGUGAAUGAAAGUGAUGGGUUUUUCUUCUCACAGUUGGGAAGAAAGAUGGGUCUAGAGAACUUGGUUCUUGACUUCAACAGCUACGAAGGUCCCAUUUAUAAAACUCAUGCUUUCUACAUGCUCAAAUGUGGCUGUUCUUGGUCUGGACCAUUGGCAGCCCAUGCCCAGCACUUUUCAAGAGGAUAAAGGCUAUUACCUGUGUAGCUUUGGAAUGGAAUGGAGAACUAUGUUAGGAAAUAUCAAGGAGGCAAAAGUGUGUCUGACUUCAUUUGCCGUUUCACUUAAUUCUAUUCGGGGAAACUAAAUUGUUGGUUUAAUAAUACAGUAUAUUUUAGUAAUUGAAUACUUGAAGAGGAAAUCCUGUUGUCCCUCCAAAGGCACCUUAAUGAUGCAAAGUUUUCAGGGGCUUGUUGAUCUUGCUUCUUUUAAACUAUAGACUAAGAUUAAUUGGUCCUAGAAACAUCAUGUUGGUAUGUUGUAUCCGGUUUAAUAUAAAUAUAAAAAUAAAUGUUUUAAAAAAUUCACCUAACCUUGAAAAAGAGGCAAGUUUAUGCUUGAAGAAGAGAUACUCAAUUAGUUCUCAUAAUUAACAGCAAUCCAACAAAAAUAAAAUUACGUUGCAAAAACUGGUUUGUAUGUGGGGGUUUUUCCAUUUUUGUACAUUUGCCAGCAGGAACUUUUAUGCAAGAGACUCUGAAGAAUCAGAGCAAGUUGUUACAGCGAGUGCCACACUUUAAACAUUUGAGGAGAAAAAGAGAGAUGCUAACAGUCUUUCCAGCGCAGGGUCAGCCCUUCUCCCUUGCGGUAGGUGAGAAACGCUCUGUAAUAAUCCUGGGUUUCUCCAUUGUUUUCUGUGGACACUGCCGCCAUGGGGAGUAUUUUUUUGAAAAAUCAUUACUAUUAUUUUAAAAUGCUCCCUAAGGAGACAGGAAGGUUUCUCUCUAGAAACCUGAAGAGCGACUCUUAUUAUUUCGCCCCCUUUGUAGCUCUAGGAUUCCGUGGCCCACGGAGCGGACGAGGAAGCCUCCCUUCUUAGGCAUGCGCGUUAACGAGAGAGCUCGGCAGAGAGUGGGCGGGGCCGCAGGUUUUAGUUUUCCGGAGUCGAACCCACGUGGAAUCGGGGCGGAGCGUCGGGCGCGGGCGGGCGGGCUCUCGAGUUGGAAUUCUGGCGGGAGCGCGACGCGGAGAAAGACGAAGAAGGCCGAAGGUCGGUCGGGCGGUGCCGGAUUCCCGCGGGAGCGAAGGAGGUCGGGAGCCUCGAGGGCCGGGUCAGCUGCGCACCGGCGAGCGAGGGGCAGCCUCGGAGGGAAAAGAACAAAUCUACACCACCAGGUGCCAUAGAAAAGCAGUAGACAUAUCAAGAGAUCCAGCGCACCCUGGUCACCAUUUCUUUGAGCUCCUGCCAUCGGGAUGGAGAUAUAGAACAAUGCAAGCAAGAACGAGCCGUCUCAUGAACAGUUUCUUCUCUAGAGCAAUUUUGGCCUUAAAUGGGAAGUCUGAAUUUUGAAGUCAUCUUAUUUUACUUGUUAUAUUGUAUCGUAUUGCACUGUUUUAAUUAGGUUUUGUAGAAAUUUUGGAUUAUGUGGAUCUGAGUGGAAGUGGUAACAGUAAUUUCGUUGUUCCCACAAGGGGACAAUGACAAUAAAGAUUAUCUUAUCUAAUACUGUAUCUAUCAGGUCAGUAGCAGUAAUGCUUUUUGCCAUUGAGCAGCAUUCCUUCUGGAUCCAGAGGUUGGGUGACCAGCCGGCCCUAGGAUUUAGUUGAGAUUACUGCAUCUUAGGGGUUGGGCUAGAUGACCCUGGGAUCCCUUCCGGCUCAAGGAUUCUAUGAUCAGCUGGAAUAUUAAAGGCAAGGGGGGGGGGAAAUCACUGUCACAGCAGCCAACCAGAUUCCUAUUAUGGGAAACCUAGGAGCAGAUCCGAGCACAAGAGCAUCUCUCCCCUCUUGAGGUUUCCAGCAUUGCUGUGGAGGCAGCAGUACUUAAUCAUACUUUCUGGGUAUUGGACUGUUGGGGUGUAUUCUGCUGGAAAGGGUUAUCUUGGACCAGGGGUCCCCAGACUUACCUGGCCUUGGGCCAGUGCCUCGAGCGCGCACCCAUAUGCGAUUUCCGGCAUACUUCCAGGUCGCUGGGAGCAUCGGAAAUAGCUUGUGCACAUGCGCCAGCGUCAUUUCUGAUGCACUUCCGGGUUGACGGAACACCGGAAAUAAAUUGUGUGCAUGUGCAUGGCCUCCUCCAAGUCGGAAGUGCACAGGAAAUGACACUGGCGCAUGCGCACAAGCUAUUUCCAACGCUCCCGGCAACCUGGAAGUGGGCAGUCACACUGCGCCGAUAAGAGCGGGCAGCAGGGGUUGCCGGGGGGCGGAUAAAUGAGUCUUGCAGGCCGUAUGUGGCCCCCGGGCCAUAGUCUGGGGACACCUGUCUUGUACCAUGCAAGGCUGAUGAGAGCCCCAGCAGUUAUUGAUUAUAUACUCUCUUCUGCUUCUCCACUCAGGUGCUACAUGGCUUCUCUACCGCUUUGAAUAUUAGUGAUACAUUAACCUUCUGCUAGCCUUUUAAUUUUAUGGCGCUCCACAGAAAUUAGCUUCAUUUAUUAGACAUUACAUGUUUAUACAGUAUUGUUCUUAUGUGUCUCUAGGGUACGUGAAUUCUUCAGUUAAGUCUCUGCUGGAAAAAAUAUGGAUGGUGAUGAUAACUUGGACCUGCUAGCCUCCCUGUUAGAAGAGAAUGAGGCAGCUAUGGGACUGGAGUGUGAGGAGAAUGGUGUUAAUGUGGCUGCAGAUGGAGAGCCAGAUGAUUAUAAUGAGCUGUUUGAUGCAGAAGAUGAUGAAUCCUAUACUGAGGAAGUGGAAGCUGAUGAGGGAGAGUCCAGUAGCUGCAAAGAAAAUGUGUCUGAGUUGUUUGGAGAUGUGGGUGACCUGUCAGAGGAAGAGGAGGAGAAAACUCUGCAGGAAACAUCUCAUUCUCUAGCUGAAAAGGAGAAGACCAAUCAACAUCUGCAAGAUGAACUGAGGAAAUUGCGGGAGCAGAUGAAGACACUCCAGGAGCAACUGCAAAAGACAGCAAUAGGGCAGCCUGCUAACUUAGUCCCUAGCAAGAAAAGUUCUGGUGAGUCUCCUGCUGCCCCCUUAAAGCAAAGAAAGCUUCAUGAGUCACCUUGUUUCUCAGCCCAGCUGAGCUGUCCUGCGUUGACCCCGAACACAGGCCAGGGCCAGAAGCUGAAACCUACACAGUCAGAGAAUAAAAGACAUGCUUCAAAGCCAGCUUCAGGUUUGUCGCCUCAGCCUCUGAAGUCCGUAACUGGGAACAGACCUGAUUUGGGCCCCAGUCAGAGAUCCCAAGGGCCAAAGAAUGCCAGUGUGAAUAGUCAAGAAGUCUCCUUUGAAACUUUCUCUGGACUGAGGCUAAGAAAACCCCGGGUGUCCUCUGUUGAGAUGGAAAGAAAAAUGACAGGCCGAAAGUUUAUUCAGCUUUCUCAAUUGCAAGACAAGCUUGCUUCAUUAAACCUUGAGGAAACAGACUGGGUGACGUUUGGAGUCAUCAUAAAGAAAGUCACGCCUCAGAGCUCCAAUAACGGUAGAACCUUCAGCAUCUGGCGCUUGAAUGACCUGCGUAAUUUCAGCCGCUGUGUCUCAUUGUUUCUGUUUGGUGAUGUUCACAAAGAUCACUGGAAGACAGAGCAAGGCAUGGUCAUUGGACUACUCAAUGCUAAUCUCAUGAAACCGAGAGAAGGAUCAGACGAGGUGUGUGUGUCUGUCGAUCAUCCCCAGAAGAUCUUACUUCUGGGUGAGGCCAUGGACUUGGGAACCUGUAAAGCAAGGAAGAAAAAUGGUGAGCCCUGUGCACAGAUGGUUAACCUGAAUGAAUGUGAAUAUUGCCAGUAUCAUGUCCAGUCCCAGUACCGGCGGCUCAGUUCAAAGCGGGCGGACCUGCAGUCUACCUUCUCAAAUUCCCGAGCUCCAAAAAGGACAGCAAAGAAGAGCCUUGGCUUGAAAGAGAGGCUUUGUCAGGAGGGCUUUUACUAUGGCGGGGUUUCCUCAGCUGCUUAUGCAGCUUCAGCUGCAGCAGCUGCUGCUCCAAAGAAGAAAAUCCAAACAACUCUGUCCAGUUUGGUUGUAAGGGGAGUUGAUGCAAUUCUACAGGAGACCAAGCAGAAACUGGGUUUGCCAAAACAACCUUUGCCAUGUUCAGAGGAAUUCAAAGAACUAUUGUCAACGCCCUCUUUUGGAGCAAGGAACCUGAAUAAACACCUAGCCAAAGCCAGUGCACCAGUAUCUGUUGGGAAGCAAAAUCCAGCAUUCCAGUCCAUCUCUGCUUCAGCACUGAUUAAGCAACAGAAGCAGCAAAUGCUGGAAGCCAGGAAAAGGAAGUCUGAAGAGAUGCAGAAGAGGUUUCUUCAAAAUACAUGCCAUGCAACUGUGGCAGCAAUGCCACCUUCCUCAGGACCAGCGGUGCUGCGCUCUCCAACUCCCGGGGCAGAGUUUCCCAAAGCUGCCAAACUGUCAAGCCCCAAAACUCCUAGACUUGGCACAGGCUUCUCUGAAGGAGACGAUGUUCUCUUCUUCGAUAGUUUGCCUCCUUCGGUGCCCAAACUGAAUGGCUUGGCAGAAGCUAAAAAGAUGGCAGCUAUAAAGAAACUACGUGCAAAAGGCCGGAUCCUCGCCAAAGUGGACCCAAACAGCAUAAAAAGAAAACGAUCCAGUCUAGACAUUCCAGAGAUUUCUGAGAGAGCUGAGAAAAGCACCCCUCUCUCCCAAGAUGUUGAUGCAGCAGAACCUGCCAGAAAGAAACUAUGCCAGCAGCUUGCGUACUUGGAGUCUGAUGAAUUUCAAGAGAUCUUGAAUGCUAGAUCCAAACAUACGGGUGUCCUUAAGGAGUUUGAGGCUGAGCUGCAGGAACGCUAUUUUGAGCCCCUGGUGAAGAAGGAGCAAAUGGAAGAUAAAAUGCGGAGCAUCCGAGAAGUAAAAUGCCGUGUUGCAACGUGCAAAUCGUGCAAGUAUACCUAUUUCAAGCUCCUGGAUUCAUGUAAGGAACAAAACCAUGACUAUCACUGGCAUGAUGGUGUAAAACGAUUUUUCAAGUGUCAGUGUGGAAAUAGAGCCAUAUCUCUUGACAAGCUGCCCAAAAAACACUGCAGCAAUUGUGGUCUCUUUAAAUGGGAGCGUGAUGGAAUGCUCAAGGAGAAGAAAGGUCCCAAGAUUGGUGCGGAAACUCUUUUACCAAGAGGGGAAGAACAACCUCAAUUCCUCAACAGUAUGAAAUAGCUAUGAAAAGUUCUUUCUCUCCUUUACGCUUGCCUUUUGAAUUAAUAUCUCAUAUCUGGUAAGGUGCAAGUAGCUCUGCGUUUCAGAAUGAAUGAGGAGUUCCUUCUGAAAGACAUAGACUGAGUAUCCCCCAUCGAAUUCAGUGAGGUAGAUGUGGGUAGGAUUCAGCUCUAGAGACCCCCAGCCAUCUUUCCUUCAUGAAGUCUGAAUGAUCCUUUGCUUUGGGCUGUCUUUGCUCAGUCAUUCUUUAGGAUUUGCUUGUCACUUGAUGUCAGAAGAGAGAGCUAUUUUCUUAGACUGCGUGUUGUAUGUUUUCCAAGGAAUUAGAGGGUGCUUCUUUCAAACUGCAGUUUCUGCUAAUCUAACUGUAGCCAAAUUCAGCUGUAUUAUCUGACACUACCUCAGAAGUGCCACAAUAAAUAUUGACCAGGCUAGGCCCAGGUCUAGAGAGUGAUAUCAGCAUUAAAUAGCCCUUUUUCUUUCUAUAACUUACACCAACUGUGUGAUUGUUUAUAUAUUUGUAAUAUGCUCUCCACACUAAUGUAUUUUCCCAAAUACCCACCUAGAAUAAUUUUCCUAUUGAAGGGGAAAGUAGUUUGUGAUUUUUAAUGAGGCAAGUUGCCUUGUUUUUAUUGCCUUUGCUUUUAAAUCUGUUUUUAUCUAGCUUGAUGUUUAAAAAUUGUUCUGGAAUUUUUAAUUGGGUCUGGAAUCUUUUAUCAAUAGUUUAGAGGGUACGGGCUGUUUCAGACUGUGAACGGUCUGCUGCAAAAACAUGAUCUUCUGUUGAAGCAGUCAGAAAAACCUGUAUUUCUUCUCUCCAAAUGGCUAUAAGGUUUCUUAUUAAACACAGCAAGAAACAAUGGAAUCCCAAAAAUUAGAACAUACGGCUGUGUGAAAUGGAGCUAAAACCUCAUAAAACAAAGGGCUUUUUUUCUGAAUGUGUGCCAAGUUGGCUCUUCUGUCUUCCCUUGCGACAUUAUGUAGAGAGGUACUUUGAGAUGUGGCUUAGAAACGUUCUUAUCUAUUCACCAGUUUACCACCAAUUAAUUUGCUUCCCUUCAGUUGUGCCCAUAUGUACUGCGAAUAUCAAAAGUGUUUCCUUCAAUCACUAGUGUAUUUUGUUCAGUGAACCAGUGGGGUACAAUUUCUUGGCAUGUUAUUGUUACUGGAAUCUCUUGAAAACUGUAAAUAUCUUAACUGCAGUGCUGUGAUUGAAAAUGUCACCAGGUUGUAUUGGAGCCUUGUGUUUAUGCAGCAUUGUAAAAUGUACAGAGGGUGCCUAAACAGCCCAACAUAUAUUGUUUACAAUAAACACUCAUAAAAAUCUGUGUUGAGGUGCUUUGAGUUUCUUAUUUCCCCUCCCUCUUUCUUUUGGAAGUUUUGAACAAGGCAAAAUGACUUGCUUUGCCCUCAAGUACCAUGAUUGGCUGUCGGCUUUAGAAGACUGGGGUGGGAUUUUUUUUGUCUAUGGCUGAUAGUUUGACACUUAACUGUCCAAGAAUUUAAUAACAUCAUCCUUCUUAUCAUGCUUAAAAAUUGCAGCAAGUCUUCAGCAAGCGUGAAGAGGCGAAAGGAGGAAUGGCCCUGGUUUUAUGUUUUAUGGGCAAUAUACGUCAGCAGUCAUAAGGCAUUCACUGCUUAGAGGUGAUACCACAGCUGAAUGAUUUCAGCUGAGAAGUUUCCCACUAGCCUCAUUUUAUUGACUAUGUCAGAUCUCUUUUGGUGGAAUCUCUGAGCAAAUCUGAAAUCUGCAACACCAUCAUUAAAAAGGGCUUUCUCCAAGAUCCAACAUCAUCGUAAUUACAGUGAGGAGGCAUUAAGGCAACUGCUGGUUUGUGUCUAAUCUCAGGAGGAGGAAAGAAGACAGGCACCUAAGAUACAGAGAUGAAAAAGAGCCUCUUCCUAUACUUUACAAACCCAUUUUUAAAAAAACCUACUGAAUUAGCCCUGGGAGGUGGACGAUUUUAAAAUCGCUCUCCAGCUUGUCUAGUCAUGCACUUUGCAGGAUUCAGCACUAGCCAUUGAUUCUGAUUUUCUUCUUGUGGCUGCAGUUGCCUGAGGGGUGUUGCUGCAGAAGACAUUGGGAUUAAGAGGAUUUUGAGUGGAGAUCAUGAAAAACAAGGUACUGAGAUGAAUGGCAGGUGGAGAUCCUCAAGCCUG